UUUGAAGAUGAUGCUUAGGUCUUUCGUUGGGAAGAUAGAAAAGGGUGUUUCACUCCUCGUACACAGAAGAGCAACAAGUGUUGUGUCCGAUGAUGUUAGGGAAGGAUAUUUUGCCGUUCUUGCAACCAAGGGUGGAGAAUCCAAAAGAUUCAUUGUUGGCUUAAAUUUCUUGAAUGAUCCUGCUUUCUUGGGACUUCUAGAUCAAGCUCAGGAAGAAUUUGGUUUCAGACAAAAGGGUGCUCUUGAAAUCCCUUGUCAGCCUCAAGAAUUACAGAAGAUUCUAGAUCGUUCCAGAGUGUGAAGCAAGGAAGCCAAAGGAAUGGAACUAUGUAACUAUCUUCAUAUCUCCCUAUGAUCGACAACAAUAAAGGGAGUUUCAAUUUUCUAGUUAUAACUAAUUGUAUAUGCAGAUGAUUCAAUAUAUUUUUUAAGUUAAUUAA